AUGGCGGCGGAGGGCGCGGCGGUGCGGGUGGCCGUGCGGGUGCGGCCGCUGCUGCCCCGCGAGGCGCUGCGGGGCCACCGGCCCUGCCUGCGGGCCGACCCGGCCUCGGGACAGGUCACGCUGGGCCGGACCCGCCGCUUCCGCUUCGCCGCCGUCCUGCCCGAGGCGGCGGGGCAGGCGGCCGUGUACCGGACCUGCGUCCAGCCGCUGCUGCGCGCCUUCUUCCGCGGCUUCAACGCCACCGUCUUCGCCUACGGGCAGACCGGCUCCGGCAAGACCUACACCAUCGGCCAGGCCAGCGGCGCUUCCAUCAAUGAAGAGGAGCAGGGCAUCAUCCCACGAGCCAUGGCAGAGACCUUCAGGCUCAUCGAUGAGAAUGACCUGAUUGAUUACACGGUCCGAGUGUCAUACCUGGAGGUGUACAAGGAGGAGUUUCGGGACUUGCUGCAGGUGGAUACAGCCAGCAAAGACAUCCAGAUCCGAGAGGAUGACAAGGGCAACAUCGUGCUCUGUGGUGUAAAGGAGUCAGAAGUGGAAGGGCUGGACGAGGUGCUGAGCCUGCUGGAGAUGGGGAACACGGCCAAGCACACGGGAGCCACUCAUGUCAACAGGCAGUCGAGCCGCUCACACACCAUCUUCACGGUGACCAUGGAGCAGCGGCGCGGGGCCGGCCGCCUCCCCCUGCACCACCACCCGCCCCCCUCCCUCCCUGCCUCAGGACAGGUCCUGGUGUCCAAGUUUCACUUUGUGGAUCUGGCGGGCUCAGAGCGAAUUGUGAAGACAGGAAACACAGGGGAGAGGCUGAAGGAGAGCAUCCAGAUCAACAGUGGCCUCCUGGCCUUGGGCAACGUCAUCAGUGCCUUGGGAGACCCUCGGAGGAAGAGCAGCCACAUCCCUUACAGGGACUCCAAAAUCACCAGGAUCCUGAAGGACUCUCUGGGGGGCAAUGCCCAGACCGUGAUGAUAGCCUGCGUCAGCCCGUCCUCCUCCGACUUUGACGAGAGCCUCAACACGCUGAAUUACGCCAGCCGGGCUCAGAACAUCCAGAACAAGGCGGUGGUGAACUGCCGCAAGGAGACGGAGCACGUCGAGGAGCUCCACCAGCAGAUCAAGAACCUGCAGAAGGCGCUGGAGCAGCGGCACCGCUCCGAGACCCGGAUCAUCAACCGCUCGGCCUCGGCCAAAGGCCACGCGGCGGAGCCCAGGGCCCGGCUGCUGGCCGAGCGCGCGCACUACCGCACCUGCACCGACGCGGCCUACCGCCUGCUCAGCGAGCUGCAGGACGGCAGCAACCUCACCGUGGAGCAGAUCCUGCGCGUCAAGGAGUGGCUGUGCACGGUGGAGAGCGAGAGGAGCGAGCUGAGCUCGGCCGGGCUUGAUAGCGGCAUCGAGAGCACCUCCGUGGAAGAGCAGAGCCCCGAGGCGCAAGGCUCGAAGCUGGCAAAAGCCCAGGGGGAGCCAAACACUGAGAAGGGAUGUGAGUCUGUCAAAGAUGAGCAGGUGGCCAAACUGCAGAGGCAAGUGGAGCGCCUGGAGGAGGAGAACCGCGAUUUCCUGGCUGCCCUGGAGGAUGCCAUGGAGCAGUACAAGCUGCAGAGCGACAAGCUGCGGGAGCAGCAGGAUCAGAUCUCAGAGCUGCACGUGCGCUUGGAGAUGGCAAUGCCAAAUCUCUGUGUGCCAGGACUGCUGGAAAGCGUUCACCUGGUGACCGCCGGCCCAAGACCUCACACGGCCCCACUGGAUGCUGCCCCGUCCCAUGGCUUUGGUGGGAUCCUUCCCGCCGAGCAGAGUGGCAGAGCCCUGUGCAGGAAGAAGCUCGACAGCAGCCCCUCCUUCCAGGAGGAGGACUUGGCAGGCUGGCACCUGAGCCACACACUGUGCCCUACUGGCAAUCUAGAGAUCAAAGAUGCAGCGCUGAGGAGGGAGCUCAGCCAGAACUCAGAGAAGCCACCGGAGCUGUCCUCAGGAGAGGAGGAGGAGGAGGAGUGGGAGCAGAAGCGGUCCCUGUCUCAGCGCCGAAACGGGAUCCAAAGCCUGGGCAAGAAAGAGAUUUGCAAGUUGAGUGAGGAGCUGAGCAGAGGCAGUGCCCACUUGAUUCAGGAGGAGCAGCUGGAGCUGUCAAAAGAGGUCUGUAGGAGGCAGGAGCCGCUGCUCCAUCCCUGGGAGCGCUGGCUGGGGAAGGACUCCGAGUGGAGGUUGGUACAAGCACAGCGGAAGGUCCGAGAGCUGGCCAUCAACAUCCGCAUGAAGGAGGAGCUGAUCACCGAGCUCAUUAAGACAGGCAAGGAUGCCCAGGCUCUGAACAAGCAGUACUGCCAGAAGAUCAACGAGCUGGAGCAGGAGGCAGAGCAAGUGCGGGCAGAGCUGAGUGACAGCCAGAAGCAGCUCCAGGAGCUGGAGGGCAAAGAGCCGUGGGACCCCGGGGAGAAGCACAGGCUGCAGGAGUGCCGCACGCGCGUGGCGGCCGCGCAGAGCAAGGCCCGGGUCCUGAGCAAGAAGAAGCAGGCGACGGAGAGGCUGGUGUCGCUGUCGGCGCAGAGCGAGCGGCGUGUGCAGGAGCUGGAGAGGAACAUCGAGGCGAUGCGGCGGCAGCAGGGGCAGCUGCAGCGCCGGCUGCGCGAGGAGGAGCAGCAGAAGCGGCGCCUGCAGACAGAGGUCAACAAGCGGCAGCACCGAGUCAAGGAGCUGGAACUGAAGCAUGAACAGCACCAGAAAAUCCUGCGCAUCAAAACAGAGGAAAUCGCGGCGUUCCAGAGGAAGCGGCGGAGCGGCAGCAACGGCUCCGUGGUCAGCCUGGAGCAGCAGCAGAAAAUUGAGGAACAGAAGAAGUGGCUGGACAUGGAGAUGGAUAAAGUUCUCGAGCAGCGUCGGGCCCUGGAUGAGCUGGAAGAUGAGUUGAGGAAGCGGGAAGCUAUUGUGGCCAAAAAGGAAGCUCUGCUGCAGGAGAAGAACGGCCUGGAGAGCAAACGACUGCGCUCCAGCCAGGCCCUCACAGAUGACAUCGUGCGUGUGUCCAGCCGCCUGGAGCACCUGGAGAAGGAGUUGAACGAGAAGAGUGGGCAGCUGCGACAUGGCAGCGCCCAGGACCAGCAGCAGAUCCGCCAGGAGAUCAACAGCCUGCGCCAGGAGAAGGACCAGCUGCUCAAGCAGAGGCUGGAGCUCGACAACAAGCUGCGCCAGGGCACCCUCCUGUCCCCAGAGGAAGAACGGAUCCUGUUCCAGCUGGAUGAAGCAAUCGAGGCUCUGGAUGCAGCCAUCGAGUACAAGAACGAGUCCAUCACGUGUAGGCAGCGAGUGCUGCGUGCCUCGGCCAGCCUGCUGUCCCAGUGCGAGAUGAACCUCAUGGCCAAGCUCAGCUACCUCUCCUCCUCUGAGACCCGAGCUCUGCUCUGCAAGUACUUUGACAAGGUGGUGACUCUGCGAGAGGAUCAGCACAGGCAGCACAUUGCCUUCUCGGAGCUGGAGAUGCAGCUGGAGGAGCAGCAGCAGCUGGUGUACUGGCUGGAGGCGGCCGUGGAGCGGCAGCGCCUGGAGAUGGACAGACAGCUCACGCUGCAGCAGAAGGAGCAUGAGCAGAACAUGCAGUUACUGCUGCAGCAGAGCCGUGAGCACAUGGAUGAGGGGCUGGCCAGCAGCAAGCUGCAGUAUGAGGCGAGGAUCCAGGUGCUGGAAAAGGAGCUGAGCCGUUACAUGUGGGCAAACCAGGAGCUGAACCAGAGGCUGAGUAACAUGAACCUCCAUCCUGCUCAGACCAAAGCAGGGAUGGAGAGGAGUAUUCACGGGGCUGGAGACAGAGCAGCGCCAGUGCUUGGGGCUUUCGAGGAGCCGGGACCCGGGGACCAGCCCGUGCCUGAGGAAAGCCCUCGGGUCAGGGAGGAGAGCAGGGACCUGGUGCACGCCCCUCUGCCAGUGACCUGGAGACGUUCCUCCCUGCCCAACGACAGCGCCGGGGACCUGCGGCAGAGGGAGGCAGAGCACUUGCUGCGAGCGGGGCAGCCCCCGGACCUGCUCCCGCCUCCCCGGAGCCUCGCUCCCGGCCCCAGGCCCCGGCGGGAGCCCCGCAGGGCCAGCCUCAACCUGACGCCCCUGCCUUACCCCCCAGCCAUCAUAGACGUCAGGAAAAACCCCCUCUAGGCUCAGGCUUAAUGCUGCCCUGCCAUAGGGCAGGGAGGAGCAGAUGGUGCGGACCUGAGAGCCUUCCUGCCCUAGGAGCCAGCCUGGCUCCAGCCCUGUUACAUUUCAGAGGCCUGAGGAAAAAAAAUAAUGUGAUUUUUCAUCCUAAGGGAAAUAAGCAUCAGCCCCCACCCCUGACAAUGCUGCCAGUGCAGAGAGCAGGACUGGACCUGCUUUGCUCCUGCCCCCUCAGCAUCUUAAGUGCCAGGAGGUGGUGGAUAACCCUGCCCUGAAUGGCCUCCAACACUAAAGAUUUUGUUUACAAUUUGGAAACCUCUGGUGCAGGGCUGGCUCAGCCCUGGAGCCUCCGAGGGAGAUGCUCUGCAGUCCUGCAGAACUUGUACAUAGAGUAUUUUUUGUAGUAACCUUGUUUUUUUUACCUUUCUACUGUAACUUUUCUAAUAAAGCAGAAUGAGGUUUAUGAAGCA